AUGAGAAAUACGUUCAGAAAACCGAAAAAGACGCCAAAACGGCCAAUUCGUCCCGCCGCACAGAACCUAGGCGAUAAUUCGGAUGAUGUGUGGGAAAAGACUACGCUAGCGAAAAUCGAGGCAGACCUGGAGUCUGACAACAAGGCCUCUAGCAUAGCCGAAGAGUACGAAAAGAUGUUAUACGAACUGCGCAGAGACAACAUUGCCGCAUACAAAGAGCGAUUUCGCAAAGACCUUAUUGCUCUGAAAAAUAAGUCAACCAGUUUUGGAAAAGAUCUGCUCACCGGCAAGCUCUCUGUUAGAGAGUUCUGCCAAACGAAAGAGGCCGACCUCGUUUCCAAGCAUCAAAAGUCAGAAAACAAACUGCUUCUUGAAAAAGAGCUGAAAAGCAAAAUUACUACAAACUUACCAGAUACCAUCAACCAAAUCAAAAGUCAGGCCAACACCGUCAGCGAGAAAUGGGGUAUCAGCGAGAGCGCCGCCAAGAUUGAUCAGGAUUUCGAUUAG